CUCUCUUAUCACUUCGAGUGUAUAGGAUAGAUCGAUAGUACACUAUCAGGUCCUCGUUCAUUUACAAUCUCUACAUCUACAUCAAAAAGCCAAACGCCUACGCAACAAUGCCACCACCAUCCCACCAACACCACCCUUCUCAGUCCUAUCCCCGCCAUUCCAUCCUCCCAACUUCAACCACCGCAUCGGCCUCGUCGUCAAUGGGGUCUGGGAUGGGAAACUCCGGCAUGUCAGCCGCCAAAACGCGGCAGUACGCUCAUCUGCAUUCGCAAUUGGAGCAGUUGAACGCCAAUCUCGCCGACACGCAGAAUCUGCUGCGCAUGACGGCUGUGCAGGCGGAGGAUAUGCGCUUUUUGGGCGGGUAUGUCGGGGCUUUGUUUAUGGGGUCCGCUAAGGUUUUGGGGGAGGAAGGCGUGAAAGGGAAUUCGGGCUCAGCUUUGGCUUCGAGUGGUGAAGGGGAUAAAGGGGAGGAGGCAAAAGUGAAGACGGAAUCUUGAGGGAAUCUCCGUUGUUACGGGUUGUCGGGGUAAGUAUCCUUCGUAGACUCUUGGAUGGCAUUGCAGGAUGCUAUGAUGCGGUUUAUAUCUAGGAUUCGCUAUCUAUAUUGUCUGUUGGGGUAUGCUGACCGAGGCAGAUGUCUUGUGCCCUGUGGGGAGAUCUGAGUCACGACCCUACCCUUCUACGACGAAACCGGCAGUACCGAGGAUGAUCGCCGGUUCGUGGAUAUUGUGGUGUUCGUAA